GCUCCUUGGCCGACUGCUUGGUCAAUCCCAUCGAAAUCCCCUACUCGACCAUACCGCACUUUCCCACCAGCACCGUGAAGGGCCACGUGGGCUCUUUGGUGUUCGGCCACCUCUCGGGCCUGCCCACCGUUUGCAUGAAGGGCCGCUUCCACUACUACGAGGGUUACCCAUUGUGGAAAUGCUGCAUGCCCAUUCGCGUGAUGAAGCUGCUGGGAGUGUCCCACCUGAUUAUAACCAACGCUGCCGGGGGCCUCAAUCCCAGCUACAAGGUGGGCGACAUCAUGCUGGUGAAGGACCACAUCAACAUCAUGGGCUUUGCGGGCAACAACCCGCUUCAAGGCCCGAAUGACGAACGGUUUGGCCCACGGUUUCCUCCCAUGAACCAGGCGUACAAUCGCGAUAUCAUCCAGCUGGCUAAGAAAGUGGGUGAGGAUAUGGGGGUGGAGAAUCGCAUCCAUGAGGGCGUCUACACCUGCUUAGGGGGACCGAAUUUUGAAACAGUCGCCGAGUUGAACAUGCUCAAAAUGCUGGGGGCGGAUGCCGUGGGCAUGUCCACAGUACACGAAGUGAUCACAGCCAAUCACUGCGACAUGGAAGUGUUCGCCUUCAGCCUAAUCACCAAYGAGUGCGUCGUUCAGUACGAGGCCAACAACGAGCCCAACCAUGAGGAGGUAAUCGACGUGGGCAAGCAAAGGGAAGGCCUCUUGAAGCAGCUGGUYUCCGAGCUGCUGAAGCGCGURUUUGAAAACGGAAUAACUUCCGGAAAAAUAGGGAAAUAAAGUCCCCGCAGGGUUUAGCUGGCGAUGUUCUCCAGUUUCUCGGUGUUUCACCUGCUGCUUGCUCCCAGCCCAUCAGGCAAGGACGGAUGGGUACGGUUGAUAAGUGAUGUGAAUAUUUAUUUUAUGUUAUUAAUAAAGCUUUAUUUAUUUA